AUGUCAUCUCGUCGACCAAUCUACUACAACCCCGCAGCCGCAAACGAGCGCAUCAACUCCCCACGAAUUGAAGGCUUGAAGUCCUUUCACCAAUCCUUCCCAAACUACGCACCAACACCACUAGUCCAACUCCCAGAACUAGCAGUCGAGCUUGGCGUUAGCCAUGUCCUCGUCAAAGACGAGAGUAACCGCUUCGGACUACCAUCUUUCAAAGUCCUAGGCGCGUCAUGGGGAUGUUUCCGCGCUGUUGCGGCCAAGCUGGGCUGUCCUGCUACUAUCUCGCUCGAGGACCUUUCAACUCGAGCUAAGGCAGAGUCGAUUGUCUUGACGACCGCCACUAUGGGAAACCACGGCCGUGCAGUCGCGUUUAUGGCCGGGCUUCUUGGGAUUGAAGCUCGGAUCUUUGUCCCUGAGUGUAUGGACCAGGACACUAGGGACCUCAUUGCUGGAGAGGGGGCGAGGAUUGUUGUUGUGAAGGGGGAUUAUGACAAGGCUGUUCAAGGCGCUUUGGAUGAAUCACGUUUGAAGGAGGGUGCCCUUCUUAUCCAGGAUACUGCCUUUGAAGGGUAUGAGGAUGUGCCUUCUUGGAUCGUGGAGGGGUAUUCGACUAUGUUGAGUGAGGUUCAGGAUGGUCUUGCUGAGCUCGGUCUCACUGGUAGUGUGAUGAUUAGUCCUGCUGGUGUGGGAAGUCUUGCGCAUGCCGUGGCUAGACAUUGCAAGUCGCAGAGUACGCCGUUGUCCAUGGUUGCUGUGGAACCUGACACCGCUGCUUGUUUGUCUGCUAGCUUGACUGCUGGUAAGAUGGUUACUACUCAGAGCUCGGAGACUAUCAUGGAUGGUAUGGAUUGUGGCACUGUUUCUUCUACUGCUUGGCCGGACCUGCAGCGACUGGUUGAUGCGUGCAUCAGUGUUUCUUCUUAUGAAGCACACUGUGCCGUGCAGUAUCUGACAUCCAAUUCUGUGGCUGCCGGUCCUUGUGGAGGUGCUUCAUUGGCUGCACUUCGCCAUCUGGCCAAGGAGGGAUCUUCGCAUUUAAAUAAGGACUCCGUCGUGGUCCUUCUCAGCACCGAAGGACCACGUAAAUAUUCCACUCCGAGAGAUGUUUCUGUCGAGGACGCUGUGGGAUUGACCCAAACGCUCACCCAGAUCAACUCCUCCAACCCAACACUGUCUGUCACGGAUGGAGUAGGCGAAACUGAAAUCGCAAACUGGCUUGCCUCCUGGUUUGCACACCGUGAUAUUGAAUACCACUGGAUCGAAAAGGUCACAGGACGGCCAUCCAUCGUUGGUGUCCUGCGCGGUAGUGGAGGAGGCAAAUCUCUCAUGUUCAACGGCCACACAGACACAGUCAGCUUGUCCAGCUACGAGGCGGAUCCCCUAUCAGGCUCUAUCCAAACCAAAGAUGGGAAGCAAGUCCUUGUUGGAAGAGGAUGCUUAGACAUGAAGGGCGGAUUGGCCGCAGGGCUAGCAGCACUUGCAGCAACAAAGGCCAGUGGCCGUAUCCCUCGCGGUGAUGUCAUCGUCGCUGCCGUCUCAGAUGAAGAGGAUGCUUCCCAAGGAACCCAAGAUGUGAUCGAAGCCGGCUGGCGCGCCGAUGCCGCCGUUCUCCCGGAACCAACUCAAGGUGGCAUUAUCACUGCCCACAAGGGCUUCGUGUGGGUUGAGGUUGAUAUCCUGGGAGUUGCCGCGCACGGCUCGGACCCCUCAGCUGGAGAAGAUGCGAUUCUGUAUGCCGGAUCAUUCCUCCAGGCAUUGGAGAAAUACCAGUCCCACCUCCCGGUGGAUGAAGCUCUCGGACAGGCAUCGCUGCAUUGUGGCUUGAUUCGUGGUGGCGAGGAACCAUCCUCAUACCCCGAUAAGUGCACUAUCACAGUUGAGUUCCGCACCGUGCCCGCUCAAACUGAGGAAUCUAUCUUGGGGGACAUGAGCCAAUUGUUGAAGGGGAUUGCUCAGCAGAAUGCUCGUUUCAGAUACGCCCAGCCUCGCAUUACCAUGUCGCGUCCUACGCAGAAGGUCGCUGUUGAUCAUCCCUUCGUGCAGCAGACUGUUACUACUGCGUUUUCUGUGUUGGGAAGCGAGCCUGUUGUAAAGAGUGGGCCGUUUUGGACUGAUGCGGCUUUGCUUGGUGCUGUUGGUGUUCCGUCUAUUGUGUGGGGUCCUGCUGGGGAGGGUUUGCAUGCUAAAGAGGAGUGGGUUGAAGUUGAGAGUCUUGGACAGUUUGAGAAGGUUUUCACGCAGUUGGUACAGGACUUUUGUUAUUAA